AUGGAUAUUCCUAAAACUUAUAUCCCUUCUUCUGAUAUUAAUAUCUACUACAACACUAUCGAUCAUUGUUAUUACUACUUUUCAAAAAUAUCUUUCUUUAGCAAAGAUAGGUAUGACCGUAUUGAUAGCAUUUCAACACCAGCUCACCACGUUUACUUAGUUUCAACACAACCUACUCCAGUUAUUCGUUACUCUCUCCCUUCUACCCCCAUUUCUUUGACUUGUUUUUUUAAGUCAUCACAAAUGACGGAAUCAAUUUUGAUUAGUAUUGUUAGACAAAUAAUUGAAUCUCUUUCAAUUCUCCACUCAAAUGGUGUUUAUCAUGGCAAUUUAAGCGCUGACACUAUAUUUAUUAAUCCUGAAAGUUAUGAAAUUGCUUUUAUUGACUUUCUCUUUCCUCGUACAACUAUUAUGACAGACCCUGUUAUUCCUUCUCUUCACCGUGAAGUACCUUUUAACGGUAUUUCUUCUUUUUUUCAAAAAGAUAUCUUGUCAGUCCCAUCUUUAUUAUUGAUUCCCUUUUCAAUUUCUUCUGUACAUGAAUUUCUCUCUACCACUUCUUCUUCGUUGUCUCGUUGUUCUCCUUUGCUCGAUCAAUUAUUACGUUCUUAUUUGUCAUCUCCCUUCCCUUUCCAAACUUCGCUCAAUUUCUUCAAGGCACUUCCUGAAAAUAUAAAGUACUUAUUGGAUACUUUUCCUAGUCUUGUUCUUUCUUCUUACCUUACUGUUAAAUACGGAACUUCUUCUCAAACGGAUUAUCGUUUUAUUCUAACUACAUCAAUUCCUUCUCUCAUCCAUCCGUGUCUUCCUCCGUCUUUGAUGAAAACAAAGUAUAUUACUCAACUACAGGGUGAAUGCUUUCUCUCACAGCCGUCUUAUCCUUCUAGUACAUUUUAUGCUGAUCAAAAUGAGUUGUAUUUCCAAUUUCCUCGCAAAAAGAUUUACUCGACUGCUCUUGCACAGUUGGUAUUUCUCUUAUUAGAACCAAGUAAUGAUAACCUUUCUUAUUUUAACUUUAGUUGUGUUGAUUUGUCUUAUUUUCUUGACCAACCAAUAGAAAAGUCUUUGAAUUAUAAGCCGUUACGAAUACCAACAAAUCCUCUUCUUCGCUAUUCAUCUCAAUUACCUUUUCGUACUCCUUUAACACUGCAAAAACGAGCUCAAUUUCAUUCUAGUAACCAAAAAAUUAUAUUAGUUCCUCAAAUAUCUGUUAGAACAAAUUCGUCUCUUCUUCUUUACAUAUCUUCAAAACUUCGAUCUUUUGGGAUGGCUGUUCAAUGCAAGAAAUCUAUUGAAGAGAUUUGUGAUACUUCUAAUGCAAAGAUUGUUAUUGUAGAUACAUUCAAUAAAGAGAUAAGAGGUUUUGUUGUUGACCUUUCAGUUUCAGGAAAUGAAAUACUUGAAUUAAUCCAUAAGAAAGUUGGGCUUCGUACUUGCCUUGAAACGAUUAUUAACAACUGUCAUCUUUCGGAUAAAAAAGGAUAUUCUUCAUUUAUGUCAUUUAAGGAACUUGGUCAACUUCUUAAUCCUCAGUUUUCAAUGAUGCAUACUAUUGGCUCAGCUAGGUGGUGUGCUUCUAUAUAUUCUGUUACAAAAAAACUAACUUCUAAAACUUCUUCAUUAUCUGCUAAUCAAAAUAAGAUUCAUGCACUAACAACAGAGUUUAAAAAUGGGUUUAAAAAUUUCAGGCUAAUAUCAGCUCUUUCAUCUUCAACGACAAAACAACCUCCAAAAUAA